AUGGAGCUGGCUUUUGAGGAUCGGCAUUUGCACCCUUCUAAGAGGGACUUUUCAGACUUGGACUUAUAUGAAAGAAUCUGCAGUCUUUGUGGGUUUGAGCUUACCGACGAAGAUGAAGUCAUCAAAUGGGAGAAAGCCGCGGAACCCGGAGUUGACAAAUGCCAUGGCAGAAGGUCCUAUCCCAUUUCAUUACAUCUUGAGUGUGUUAAAUACGCCGAGUCUUUCGUUACGGGUAGUCUACGAGACCUCGCUGGAGCUGCUGUCACUAUCCGUGGGAGCUUUAAUGGGCCCGAAGAAAUGUGUGGUCCUCGCCGCCGCUGGUUGGAGAACACUGUCACACAGAACCUAUUUCAUGCCCUUCGUGGGCGUUUACCCACCGAAAUCUGUAGAAAUGCUGCCAUCUACUGCGUUCGCGAACAGUCAAUUCGCUUCAUCCACCAGGGAUGGAGGCAGCGUCAAACUCGGCGCGGUUUCAUAUCAGUUCCUGUCCACAACCACACGACUCUCUGGGCCCAAUACACCCAUUUCGAAGGUAUCCGGUACCUUCGAUCGUUUUCUUACGACUCACAGGGCGGCGAUGAGGACUUCCUCAUAAAAGGGAACACGGCGAAUCCCUUGAACAUCUUCGCCCGCCAUAACCAUCUAGGGGUCAACAAGCUUGUUAUAACCGAAGGACAUGAAAGGCCUGAGACCGAGGAAGCCCAUAACUACUGGUGGACUUGCCAUGCUCAACAACACCGCCUAUUCCACUUCAAAGCACGAUUUGAUGGCAUCAAAAUCCGAAACCUCGUUGUUGUCAAAAGCCCUAAGACUUUCCUCAAUUUCGCUAUGGAUGGCUGCGAGAUACGCUGGGCUGUGCCUCCGUCACCUGUGAAGUUUUCGCCGAAGAUCCCGCUCGUUAGUGGCAUACCUUGGACUGAUGUACAAAGUCUGGAUUGGAAUAAGCCAGGGACGUCAGGCUAUUCUUUCCUUCUUUUUGGUGAAUCUGUCGUGCAAUGCAACUUCCACCACGUCCAUGGACCGCCAGUACCUUACCAAAAAUACACGACAGGUGAACCCAACGAUCUCUUGUGUCUGCAUUUCCCCAUGAAUCUUGACGAAAGAGUCUCUGAACUCUGGAUCCGUCAGUAUCCUGAAAGGACGACAACUCUCAUAAUUGUCACAGAUCGUGGCCGUAGUCUUGUCCUUGGAAGUCAGCAAGAUGGCCCAGGUGCUACAUACCAUGUUGUUGCCAAAUUACCGCAAGAUAAACCUUGCCUCAUGUUCCACGCGCAUUCCUACACCUUUUCUUGGUUCCAUUUCGAUUCUGUACUUAGCUGGGAAAAGCCGCAAGCCCGACAAAUUCAACCUGCUUGGAAGCCUGCGCCUGAAAUGACCAUCGGCACUCACUACUCAUCAGCAAAACUAUAUGGAGGCCUGCUCUUGACCUACUAUGAUGAUACUCGAACUUGUAUCGGCGAGGUUCGGUGUGACAGCCUUGGGACACCGCAGAAAGUAACUUCUGAUACUAUGUGGAUCCGAUAUGUCGAGUACAAGAAGGCCGGAAUCCUCGACGAGAACACCCACUGCUGCGAUUGUGGAAUAGAGUGGUUUGGCUUCUCUCAACCCCUGCUGGGUUCCUUCUCCUCGCACAAAGACAAGGAUGUUCCCACUGAUGAACACGACUCUGACGAAGAACAAACUUCUCACCAAGACGAUAGCUCUGCAGAAGAUGAGAGUGAGGACGAAACAGAGAGCGACGACGACUAUGACAGGUCUCCAAAGUAUGUCUCACUGCCCAUGAGAGGACGGCUCGAUUGGGUCAAGGAAUCUGAUGGCAGUAUAUGCCUAUUGUCGCAUCACAUGCGUAGUAGACCAGAUGACGAGAUGCUUCAUGUACUGGCCGAAGAUGCUAAAGCAGACCGCGUCGACCCAGUCUCUAAAUCCUGUACGAUUCUGACUGGAAAAACUACUCCAGAAAAUCUCCGACCGGAAAAGAUUGCCAAAGAGUUCGACAACUAUGGUAUAUACGGGCUUUGA